AUGGAAGAGGGAAAGGUGUGUGAUUCUUCCGGAGAAGAAAUCGUUCUUGACCAUGAACGUCUUCCAAGUAUUGCUUCUCCGAAAGAACUUGACAAUGCGUCAUUACGACUUUUGAACCUGGACUACCUCUCAUACAUGUUGUUAUCAUCCGAACAACUUUUAAUUUCCUCAUCCCUAAACCUAUCUAGACGCAGAAACGGAAUGACUAAUUCCAUAAGUUCUGAUCCAUCAAACUCUGAAAUCGAUCGUAAUGUCAGGAAUGUAGACAAACUAUUGGAACAUAAGAGGUUAUAUUUUAAAACUUCUGCACAAGUUAGAGGAGAAUUUGCAAGUUUGUCCCAAAAAGAACGCUCGAAGCUUAAUGCAAAACGAUGGCAUAUACAUCAUUUUUUAAGUCACUCAAGAUCAACGAAGAAAAAAAUCAAGGUAAAAUCUGAAUCUGCAUAUGAAUUUGCCUUUUAUGAGCUAGAGAACUACGUAAUAAAAUCUUUUCUUAUCCAUCCAACAAGUGGCUCCAUUGGAAGAGGGAUGGCUAUUGAAGAAGAUGGAACAAUGUCUGACACAUGUUUCAGCUAUUUACGUUCUUAUGAAAGGGCUCUUUAUGUGCUUGCGCAAAAAGCUAGGUGCUACACCCAUAUUUCCAUUCUGUUUUUGAUCAUCCUGCUUAGGAAUAUUCGCAGAUUAGUCCACCAUUUUAAAUUGAGUCCAACACUCGUCGAUUUAAUCAUUUUAAACACUGAAGGUAUUAACCUGACACAAACAUACUUACAUAAUCUCUGCAAUAACAACCAUGCUGUGAAACGCACAUCAUUGGAAAAAUCACAACCGGACAUCAGCCGAAAUGAUUCACUAGAAAAAGAACCAAAUGCAAAAAUGUUGGAUACACUUUGCAAAAACUGCAACGGUUAUAAGCAAAAUGUUCAUAUUAAAUGUCAAAAUGCCCUAAAGGAAAUCCUUUGUCGCAAAGAAACUUCUGACGACGAAGAGGAAAAUACAGUAGAACCUGCUAUAUCGGAUAAUGAACCUUUAGUAAUAAACAAUGAGCAUGAGGCGUUUGAUCAAACGUUGGCAAGCAGCAAUAUGUCCGAACGGGACUUCAAUUUUGAAACAAGUCUAAAUUAUGACAAAGGAGAUAUUUUAAAUAUUAAUACCCUAGAUUUUAAUAUUACAAUUGAGGAUUUUAUUUCUAAAUGGAUUGAAGAUCUAUGCAAAUUUGGUUCCAUAUGUAACAAGAUAUGCCCGAAGCCGACAUUCUUGGAGAACCCAAUCCUCAAACUAACAUUUAAUUCUAGCAAUUUCGCGACUCAGAAGCUCUGCAAGUACCCAUACAAUAAUAAUCUGUCACUUCACAGAGAUCAAAGAAUUAGGAAACUAAUGGUAUACCUUCCAGAGGUACCCAGGGAAGAAUCAACCACCUCCAAUCAAACAGAGGCUAUGACUCCAGUAAAAACAUCUCCACUUCGCAGGGCAUCAAAUCCAACUACAAUUACUAGAAUGACACUACGAUCGCAUGAAAGCAUGAACGGAGGAGAAAAAAUAACAACCAGUACAAAGUAUAACCGAUGGAAAAAGAUGGAAGAACGUACCCUAGUCGAUGCCAUAAACCAACACGGAACCGGAAAAUGGAGCUUCUUCUCGAAAAUGUACUUUAGUGGCAAAAAAACUGCUCUGCAACUUAAAGACAAAUGGUGUAACUUGUUACGCUUUCAACACGUUCAACUCGUGACAGACAAGUCCAAGCGUGGAAUCAAAAGCACUGGAAGCUGGCAAUUCGUCGAUACAAAAUAA